UAUUUCUCGUAACAAAAAAAUUCUGUCAAUUUCACUUUUUUAAAUCAAAGAUUAAAUUUUUUCAUGAAAACGGAAUAAAAACUCCUAAAGAAUAUGAUGGACAUUUUACUCACUGUAUUGAACAAAGUGGUGGAAGUGCUGUUGAUCUUGUUGAAUUAGUUGUUAAAAAAUUUCCUUCUUACAGAGAUGAAGCUAUUUAUGAUGGACAACGAGUCAGUUUUUAUAAACGAGCACAAAUUUUAGUUGCUGAUAUUUGGGGAUGCUUUAAUGGACAUGGUUUCGGUCAUUUUACUGAUAUGGAUGGUUUAACAAUGUUUGCUGAUUAUCGUGUUCCACAAGUUUUAUCCCAUGAAGGUGUUCUUGUUUAUUCAAAUGAAUUAAAACAUCGAAUUGAAAGAAAAGAAGAAAUUCCAUUUGGAGAUCCAGAUGAAUGUGAAAUACGUGCUGCAUCAAUUUUAUCUGUACAUCUUAUUGUUAAUCAAGCAAAUGAAAAAAUUCCUUUAGAAAAAGAUACAGGAGAUGGAGGACAAAGAUUAAAUGCACCACUUGUUGAUGUUUAUUUAUGGCGAAGAAGACGAGAAUUAACUCAAUUUUACAAACAAACACCUUUUCAUCGUACAAGAUCAAUUUUUUAUUAA